AUGGCGAUGCCAUCGAUUGAGGAAGACGAGAUGGAGGAUAAGGUUCCCUUGAUGUCUGGACAUCCUACACCGGUCAGGAGUGAUAUCAAGGAAGCAGCAUUUGAAAAUCAUCCGGAUCCUUGGGGGAAAGGGUAUAAGGAGCUGUAUUGCAUUUGUUUGCUGUUAUAUUUGAAUUCGACAAUGUCUGGUUUCGAUGGCAGUUUGCUAGGAAAUAUCAAUGCUUUACCGGAGUUUCAUCAGUUCUUUGGGUUGGAUAAGCCUGGGAUGGAGACUGGGUUGAUGUUUUCUUCGGUUCAGAUGGGUGGUAUGAUCGGAGCACUCUUCCUUUGGCUCGCCGAUUGGAAAGGACGGAUCUUUUGCAUCAAGAUUGGUAGUAUCGGUGUCAUACUAUCUGUCUUUCUACAGGCGAAUGCCACUGACGUUCACUCAUUCAUCAUCGGUCGUUUCGCUCUCGGGUUUUUCUCUACAAUUGCAUGCAAGGGUUCGACUAUGUUUCUCAUCGAAAUUGCCCCUCCGAAAUACCGUGGUACCAUUGCUGGAAUGUAUAACACUUUAUACUACUUCGGUUCUCUCCUUGCUACAACAGCGGUUGUUAUAUCUCAAAGAGAUCACCCGGAUACAAAUCUCGCUUGGCAGCUUCCGAUAUGGUAUCAGAUGAUUUGUCCGAUCCUCGUUACCAUUGGCAUCAUGUUCGUUCCCGAAUCACCAAGAUGGUUGAUGGCCAAUAAUCGAAUCGACGAGGCUCGAGAAAUCAUUAUCCGAUUCCAUGCUAAUGGCGAUCCUACACAUCCGAUUGUUGACUUGGAAGUUUCUGAAAUGGUGGAAGACCUUAAAUCUUCUGGUGGAUUGAUGACUGCGGCUAGUUAUUUUGAUAUUAGCACGUUGUUUAGAACGAAGGGGAGAAGGUACAGAGUUUUUGUACUGGUCUGCAUGAGCUGGUUUGGGCAGUUUUCGGGAAACAACAUCAUGUCGUACUACCUUCCUCAGAUGGUUACGGACGUUGGAAUCACCUCCACGCACACCAAACUCAUUCUCAACGGCAUAUACGCUAUUGUUGGAUGGAUCGCAGCUGCAAGUGGUGCUCGUCUUCAUGACGUCUUCGGCCGUCGUAAGAUGUUGUUCGGAUGUACUUGCGGACUCGUCGUUUGUCUCACAGUCAUAACGGCUGCAGCCGGGGUAUACUCCCACACCGAGAGCAAGAUCAUGUCUGGCACGUUGGUGGUUUGGAUAUACCUCUUCGGCAUUGUUUUCGCGCUAGGAUAUACGAGCAUGCAACCGAUUUACCCAGCUGAGGUCAUGACGAACGACAUGAGGGCAAAAGGGAUGGCAUUGUCAUCUUUUACGUCCGGAACCGCUGGAUUUGUCAAUACCGCUAUCGCUCCAGUCGCCAUGGCGACAUACGGAUAUUGGUUCUAUGGGUUUUUUGUCGUAUGGGAUAUUCUGGAAGCGACAGUCAUCUAUAAGUACUUCGUAGAGACCAAGGGACGGACGCUGGAGGAGUUGGAUGAUGUGUUCGAAAGCCCGAAUCCGGCGCUUGCCAGUAUUACGAGGCGGAAGACCAGAGGUGCGUGA